CCUGCACUGACCCAAUGAACGCAAAAACACAUGGUAAUCGUUACAUCACGUCCACGCGUCGCUAUUCGCGUUACACGUUGCUAGGUAUUUUGAUUAGCCAUAACAUUCAACUGUAAUUUACAUAGCAAGUGGACAUAUUUAUUAUGGCGCCGAUGCGUGGUGAGCGUGGCGGGUCCCCAGCGCGAGGUGCGCGCGCGUCACUUCCACUUCCGCGUCGCCUCAUCCGGCAAAUCGCUAGGCACGUGGCCUCCAGCGGCCGGUCCCUUCGUAGGCUUGAAGUAUCCGGUCGCGUGAUUGACAAUUUCGAUGACCUGGAUGGCGCAUCUGACGAGUCGGAUAUGGAAACUCCGCAGCCUGCACUUGCGUGCGGUGGUAACGCCGGGACCCUCCCACCUGCAGACAAUGAUGACGAUCUGACGAGUCUGAGCUGGUUGCAGGACAGGAAUUUACUCAGAGGCAUCAAUCUUACUACGAAGAGCGAUAUGGAGGACUCAAAAAUUCUAAGGAACGAAGUUAUUAUCAAGACAGAAUCGAAAACUCCUCCCCCCUCAGUCCGCGUGGCCUCCCCACCCCGCACGCCCUGCAAGUCUCCCCCCUCCCCCACUCACACGAAGCCCCCCUACUCCUUCUCGUGCCUCAUCUUCAUGGCCAUCGAAGCCGCACCAGCCCGAGCAUUGCCCGUGAAGGAGAUCUACGCGUGGAUAAUUCGCCACUUUCCAUACUUCAAACAUGCGCCCCAAGGCUGGAAGAACAGUGUGCGGCACAAUUUGUCCUUGAAUAAGUGUUUUCAUAAGGUGGCAGCAGCUCCCGGAGUGGGCAAAGGUUCCCUAUGGACAGUAGACCCUCAACAUCGCUCCACCUUGCUGCAGGCGUUCGGUCGUCAACCAAUCCCACCGCCUGAGGUGGAAACCCCGGAGCCAGGCAAAAACGCCCCAGACCCACAACUGUUCCCAUACCUGGCGCGUCGUCUGGCCGACACCAGUGAGCCUGGCGCUGAUGAAUAUCUGGCGGCUGCAACGGUACUUGCCAUGAAGUAUGGUCCGGCUGUUUUAGACCAGCUGCCACCCGAAGCGCACUUAGUUAUAUCGCGUUGUGCAAGAGACGAGCACUCUUACAGUGGCAGCGGCGAGGAGAGGCGCACGGCGGAGGCCCUACUCAACUUAGCCGGUGUGACCAGCCACACGCACGCCGCACUUAGCUAGCGGGACUUAGGGUGAGGCGUUUAGUUUAUAUCGUUUGGGGUGGCCAUCGUUUGGAAUUUUAUAUUGUGUUUGCGCCUUCUUUAACGGAAAACUACUACAUAUUGUUUUCUUCUUUACGCGAAUGCGAGUAAAUUUUUUUUUAUUUAAACAAAUUUGACCAUGUGAUACAUUCCGUUAGAGAAGAUUUACUUGAGUUGAAAUUGAUUGAAUUCCUGAUUGAGGUUCGAGAGCUGU